AUGAUAGCAUCAAUUUCUUCCAAAUUCUCAGAAAAUAAUUCAACUGAUGUUUCGGACUCGUCUGUAAUAAUGCAACAAAAUCGGCAAUCCCCAAAACAGUCACGAACACACCCUGACACCUCGUCGGAUUCUGGUUCUCAGCAAGGUGUGAGGAGAUCUCGGAGGACGUCAUUACGUGAAAAACAGACCAAUUACACAGAGGCGACUAGUUCUUCAUCUUCAGAAUCAGAGGUUAAAUUAGGUGUGAGAAGGCGGCGAUUAAGUUCACAUAAAUCCGGAGAGGAUUCAGUCUCAUCUUCAAAUUCUGACUUGGAAUCUCGGCCAAUAGUUAAGAGAGUUCGUUCUUCUCGCGACUCUCAAUCUCCAAAAAAGUCAAGUAGUUCUUCACUUUCUGAAAUUUCAGAAAAUUAUUUGUCUUCUGCUCCGGACACUGAAAGUGAGACACAAGAACCACCAUCACCUCCCGAAACACCUAGUCUACCACUUCAAAAACGCCAUUCAUCUCAAUCAGAAUCAUCAGAUGAUACGUCUGAAGACACUGAUAGAACAUCGGAACCUCCAUCGCCUCCAGGAACACCAGUACCUUAUGAUCCAUGUAAAAUCUGUGGUGGAUUUGAUGAUCCAUUAGAUUCACAAUAUCCGCUUCUAAUUGCUAUGGAAUAUCCAACCGUAAACCAAUGGGAAGAAGCUGGCGCUGUGACCCAUGUCUUAAUGGAAGAGUUCGCAGAGCAAUUAAAUCGUCCAGAGGGUGUAAAUAACGCGAUGAAAAGAACUAACGGGAAUAACUGGGUUCACGUUUUAUGUGCUACAUUUAUUCCUGAAAUUUCAUUCUAUGACGCAGAAAAUGUCUUCUUAGUCAUGGACAUUGAAGACAUUCGUGAUGAGAGGUUUGAAUUAAAAUCCCCAAAACUAGACUUUCCACAACAAGGAUUGUCUCAAAAAUUAUCGCCAUUCAGGCUCAAAUCCGAAGAAUCUCAAGAUGAUAUGAAACAGUCUAUAUUUGAUGAUAUUUCUCAACAUGAAAUGGUGUCUAGAGUUUUUUGUCGUGAUCAUACUGAUUUACCUGAAAACUUCGUAAAAUUAAAUAUUCGCGACUCACAUUCUCAUCAGACACGAUAUACGCUAACAAUUCCAGACCAUAUUCGAGCUGCAAUGAAUGCGCAGGAAGCAUGGUACGAACAAGAUACAACAGAUGAAGAGGAUGAGGAGAGCAUUGCUCACGCUGUCCAGUCACACGCACAAUCAAAUGGUGGCCUGCAAAGUGGCCUUAUUUGCCAAGAUCUUCAAGAUUCUCUGUACGAGACGUCAGUGUUGUAA